AUGCGCGAUUUACAUCAGUUGAGUCAGCGCAACGGGGUAGAAAAUGGAGCAUCGUGCUUAGCUAAUACGAUCAGGCGAACAAACACGCUACACAGCUUUCAUCUUCACUCAGGGGACGUUGUUGAGGAACCGGAAUUCACUGAUGUCAUCCAAAAUGUGACAGUUCCUGCCGGCCGUAGUGUGCGAUUGGCUUGCUCCGUCAAGAAUCUUGGUUCUUACAAGACGCCACCAGGAGCCGGCAAGGCGACAAUAGUCGUCGACAAAAGGAAACAUAAAAUAAGUAGCAUUUUAUCAUUUGAUUUAGAACGCGCCGUCGUAAUAAAAUGUCCAUAUAAAGAGAGAAAAAGGUGA